CCCCUGAGCCCCCACCCUGUGCCAGGCACCGCUGUGGUGACGCAGGACAAGGCCGCCCUGUGGACUGACAGCCGCUACUGGACGCAGGCAGAGCGGGAGCUGGACUGCAACUGGGAGCUGCAGAGAACAACCUCCAUCGAGUCCAUCGGGAUGUGGAUCCUGGAGGCGGUUCCUGCGGGGGGCAACGUCACUGUGGACCCCUUCCUCUUCUCCAUCGACACCUGGAACAGCUACAGCCGGGCUCUGCACGGCUCCGGCCGCACCCUGCUCCCCCUCGAGACCAACCUGGUGGAUCAGGCGUGGGGCGCCCAGAGACCCCCUCCCUCCUCCAGCGAGAUCUACAGCCUCCCGGCAGAGUUCACAGGGAGCCGGUGGCAGGAGAAGGUGGCCGGGAUCCGGCAGCAGAUGGAGCAGCACUCGCGGCGCCCCACGGCCGUGCUGCUCUCGGGGCUGGAGGAGACGGCCUGGCUCUUCAACCUCCGCGGAGACGACAUCCCCUACAACCCCGUCUUCUACUCCUACACCCUCCUGACCAACACCACCAUAAGCCUGUUCCUGGACGAGCCCCGGCUCUCGGCGGCGGCGCGGCGCUCGCUGCUCUCGGGCUGCCCGGGGCCGCUGUGCGUGGAGCUGCAGCCCUACGGGCAGGUGAGCGCCCACCUGCGCCGCUACGCCCAGGACAACGUCACCGUGUGGCUGGGCACCGAGUACACCACCUACGGCCUCUACAGCAUCAUCCCCCAGGAGAAGCUGCUGGAGGAGAACUACUCGCCUGUCAUGACGGCCAAGGCAGUGAAAAACAGCCCCGAGCAGGAGAUGCUGCGAGCUGCCCACGUCCGGGACGCCGUGGCCAUCAUCCAGUACCUGCUGUGGCUGGAGAAGACAGUCCCGCAGGGGCAGGUGGACGAGUUUUCUGGGGCUCAGCACAUCGACACCCUUCGCUGGGCCCAGGAGCACAGCCAUGGGCCCAGCUUCCAGUCCAUCUCGGCCAGCGGGCUCAAUGCAGCGCUGGCCCACUACAGCCCCUCCAACGGGAGCAGCCGGACACUGUCUGUGGGAGAGAUGUACCUGUUUGACACCGGAGGGCAAUACCUGGACGGGACGACAGACAUCACCCGCACAGUGCACUGGAGCGAGCCCACCCCGCUGCAGAAGGAAGCCUACACCCGUGUGCUGAUGGGCAACAUCGACCUCUCCCGCCUCGUCUUCCCAUCCCACACAGCAGGGAAAACCGUGGAGUCCUUUGCCCGCCGGGCACUCUGGGAUGUUGGACUCAACUACGGCCACGGCACCGGCCACGGCAUCGGCAACUUCCUCUCGGUGCACGAGUGGCCCGUGGGUUUCCAGUCCAACAACGUGCCGCUGGAGGCCGGCAUGUUCACCUCCAUCGAGCCCGGCUAUUACCGGGAUGGCGAGUUCGGGAUCCGCAUUGAGGACGUGGCCCUCGUGGUGGAGGCACAGACCAAGCACGAGAGCGAGGAGACCUUUCUGACCUUCGAGGUGGUGUCCCUGGUGCCCUAUGACCGCAAGCUCAUCGACCUCAGCCUGCUGUCCCCAGAGCAGAUCCGGUACCUGAACUCGUACUACGAGAGGAUCCGGGAGCUGGUGGGGCCGGAGCUGCGGCGGCAGCGGCUGGAGGAGGAGUACGCGUGGCUGCAGGCGAGCACCGAGCCCUUCCCGCUGGGCAGCGCCCGCACGCUGGCCCCGGGCGCGCUGGCGCUCGCCCCGCUGCUCUCGGUGCUGCUCAGCGGGCUGGGAGCCUGAGCCCGCAGCCACGGCCGCACCUUCCCCUCCCUCCGCGGCCGUGUCUGCCCCCGCCCUCACUUCCUUUCCUUUGGUGCAUUCGAUUUGCUCCUUUGUGAUUAAACAUGAGCGAGGCGGGUCCUGCUGUGCCCGACGUGCUGCGCGCUGCCUCGCCGGCGAGUUCGGGCUGGAGUCCGGCCCCAGCCCCGCUCCUGUGACCCUGCCUGUGCCACCCAAUCCAGCCCCCAGCCCCGCUCCUGUGACCCUAUUUGUGUCACCUCGUCCAGCCCCGCUCCUGUGACCCUGCCUGUGCCACCUUAUCCAGCCCUAAGACGACC